UUCAAUGUGUAAACGGCAAAGAUAAAUGUUAUUGAGUAAAAGAGAGACAGAGUAUGUGUAUUGUAUAUAGCCAUGUAUUCGUUGAACAGCACAAAUUUCAUAACAAAAGAGAAUAGAAGAGAGAACGACGGAAAAAAUCGAAACUGUAGUCAUAUCGUUAGUAAAUUGUGUGAAGUGAACAUCGUUCUUGGCAACGUCAUUGGAAUAAAGUAAAACGAUUUUGUGUUUGAUAGAGAAGAAAUAGCAGAAAGUUGUUGAAAAUGACGAUUUUAACCAAACCGAGUACGGUUGCUAAGCCAAUACCAAAGGCUUUAAACGCAGAAAGCGUGGAAAAUGGAGCAAUUACUGAACAGGAUGAAAACGGCAACAAUGACAAAUUGUUCCUUUUGCGUGAACGCACACGAAAAUUCACGGGCUCAACAUUGCUACUGAUCCUUGCCACAUUGUGUCUCGCAUGCAUGGGCAUUUUAAUCGGAUUGGUUGUCUAUCGCCGUGUACAAUUACAGCGAAUGCAUUUCCAUGGAAUGUGCAAUCUCCCCUAUGAUGGUAACUUUGACGACAAUAAAGAUGUACUCAAUGCAUUGAACCAGCAAUUCCAAGAAUUGGAAAAUUAUAAUUCUGCUGAACGGCUCCAGAGUCUGUUUGAUGACCAAAAUGGUUUUGAUCGUGAUUUUUUCCGCGAGGAGUUUGACUUGGACCUUACCGAUGAAAAUUCCUAUGCUAAAAUCAAUGUGCCCGAUUUCCGUGAUGGCCGCGUCGGUCGAUUCCUGCACGAUUUCAAGGGCAACCAAACGGCAAUCAUCGAUGAAAGUACCAAACGAUGCUUCGUGAUGCCAUUAGAUCGUGAAUCCAUUUUGCCGCCAAAAUCCUUGGCCGAUGUCAUUAUGAAGAUGUACAUGGGCUACUACGACAUCAAUACCACAUCGAUUCGGAAGAAUAUGCGCGUUGUAACACCAGCUCUAACCGAUUUGUCAUCAAUUUCGCAGAACAUCCAAAAUGCAUGCGAUGGAAUGGACAUCUAUCAGCUCGAGAAAUAUGUUGGUGGAAUGGUCAAGCGCAGUGUGGACUUAUCGAGCGAUGGAAAGUAUGCCGAAUUCUCUGGAAACUUCAUCAAAUACAACAUCAUGAAUAUCGACGCAUUGAGUCGCAAAUAGGAGAUUGAUUCCUUUUAAAAAAAUUUGCUUCAAAGCAGAUUUAUUUCAUUUUUUUUUAGCAGUGACAUUUAAUUGAAACUGAUUACUAUAAAAAGAUAUUUGGUACAGUUUGAUAGAGCGUUAAAUUCGAAUGAAUUUUUUUUUAAGAAAUUGAAUUUGUAGUAAUGUUUCUAUCGUUUGAUUAUUAUCGUAUUUUUCUCCAUUGUAAAGCAGGUAGAUUUAAAUAUUAGUAUUUGUGCACACAAUUAUCUCACUCACUAUACAGACAGAUGGAUCGAUGAACAGCAAAUGAGUAUUGCUUAAGCAAAGGCUAUAUCCGAUUACGAAUACAAUUAAGUGAUUGAUAUAUUACGUACAAUAUUAAAUGUCAUUCAAAGAAAACUAAACAAUAAGUUAUCUAGACAGGGACACAAUUUGUUUGUUGGUUUAAAUUUUGAAAUAGUUUUCGUUUAGACUCAAGUAAUAUCUCUUAACUUUUCAAGAAAACUAUCAACAAUUACAUUCCUCGAAUUAUUUAUAUUGAAUUUGGCUCAAAAUUACUUUGUCGCUCUUGCUAAACUAGAUUCAUUUUCAAGUCUUUGGUGAAUUUACCCAAAUUGUGAAUCACAAUUUGUGAUGCAACCUUGCAAAAUGUGUGCAUUUAAAGUCAAUAAGAAUUUCGUUCAGUAUCCAUCGUACAAUUGAAAAUAGCGGCAAAUUUACAACAAAAACAAUUAAAACGACACAAACAAUAUCUACUAUGCUAUGUAAAAUAAAACUGUAUCUCAUGGUCAGUCAAACUAUAUUUUGUAAACCAAAUAAUAAAAACUCAACCAAAGAAA